AUGGCGUCUCCGUUUACCGACGCCCAGAUGGAAAUCCUGGAAAGGACUUGGACGUACUUCGUCUUGAUAUUCAACCAGCCGCGACCGAUGAAACAGCACAGCGCAAUUGUCGCCAUGCAUUGCAGCGACGUCGGGUCCGAGGUCACGUCGCAGCAGGUGGGCCGAUUCUUCGCCGAGCGCGCAGCCGACAUUGUAGGGCGUCCGCGCGCCCAAGCCAAGUCCCCCCGCCAGCUGCGUCUGCUCGAGGACAGCUUCAACGCCGACGCCUACCCCACCACGGCCGAGCUCAUUAUCCUGACGCACCAGAUGGGACUCAAGCCAGCGCAGGUUAAGGUCUGGUUCGUGAACAAGCGGCGCAGGAUCGACCGUUGCGGCGGGAGGCUAUUUACAAGGAGGCACAGGGUUGGAGUGUUCGCGAGGAGGCUGACGGACAAUCUGGUCAAUGCGCCGCAGGCCGCCCGCAUGUGGAGGCAGUAUGAGGCGGACGGAGGGUUCUAUGCGAUAAGAGUUGUGGUUGGAAAAGGAUGA